GAUUGAGCAUCGGGGGAAGCAGGCAGAGGGGUCUGGGGGCCCUUGGAGGCAGAGUGGGGGCUUGUGCCUAACCAGGGUGCAGCAUCAGGUUGCUCCCCACUUCUUUUACCCCUCGUCCCCCCUUUUCUUUGCAACUUGCACCCAUGUCCUGAGGCGGGAGUGGGCUUGAGCCUCAGGGGGGAGCAGGCAGAGGGGUUUGGGGGCCCUUGGAGCCAAAAUGUGGGCUUGUGCCUGCCCAGGCUGCCCCGCUGGGGUGCUCCCCCUGCCCAGGGCACCCCCCUUCUUGCCCUCCACCCUGCCCCGAGGUGGAGGCGAUCCUGGCGCCUCUCCUCCUGCUGCCGGGACACCCCCGAGCUGCUGUCUCUCCCUCUGUGUUCCAGGCAGGGCCAUGGCGGAGGCCGAUGGUCCCACGCGGCUUCUGGAGGUGUGCGGGCAGCGGUUCUCACGGUUCCUCCACAACGCCAAGCACAAGCACUUAGCCUGGCUGCGGGAGGUGGAGGAGCAGGGCAUGAGGCUGCUGGAGAGCAGCUUUGGGGCUGAACCCACUUUGAUGCCCAAAACACCUUCGCAGAGGAGACGUUCCAAGAAAAGGCAAUCUUCUUGCCUUAAAGAGGAGAACAAGGAGCCGAACAGGAGGAGGUUGUCCAGAAGAAGAAGCAACGUCAAGCCAACAACUUCCAAGCUGAGUUCCCAAAGGCGCCAGAGCAAGGAGCAGCCCCAGUACCCUGGCUGUCAGGGGGAAGAGGUGGCUGUGCCAGACUGCACAGUGGGGUCUGAAGCUGGUGUGAAAAUCGAGCUCCCUGGACCGUCUGGGAAAGGGCUGAUGGAGGUGCAGGAUCCCAUGGAGAAGGUGAGCUGUCAGGACAGCCUUUGGGAUGCCAACAGCAGCAGCACAGCCCAUGCAGAGCAGCCGUCACCCCGGGGGGAUGCAGGCACUGAGCAUGCUGGUGAUGCGUCUCGUUCCACUACGGUUCCUGCUGCCUGGGCAGCACUGGAGGAGGAGGAGCAGCCCCUGAAAAGAACAGUGAGGACCUCCGCUGCCAGGGCUGCUAGGAAUGGAAAUUCUGCCACGCUCCAAGGAGAUCAGUCUCCUCAAGGUCUUGAAGAGGUGCUUUUCCAGGACUCUGACAGCAAGAUGACGACAGCAAGAUCCAAAGCGCACUGCUGCUCUGGUCGCCGGAGCAUUGCCGGUGGCUCCCACAAGAGCCGCAGGGCUUCCUUGGCAGAAAAGUACUCUCUGGCCAGCAAGAGGGAGAGCAUGAUCCGGAGAUCCGUCAGUAGGGCCAUCUUGAAGAAGGCAGUGGCACAGGCAUCCUCCUCUGCCUCCAGCAGAGUGAGCUGUCAAAGCUCCUUGGAGGUUUUUGUGGAAGAAGAUGUGACCAGCAGCACAAGGCCUGAACCAGAGCUGGAUCCCCCAGGUGGAAAGGCUCCUGAGGACACUCUUGCUUCAAGUAAAAGUACCCGGGCUGCCAACCCUCCCGCAUCACCCUUAGCUCCUUCUGAGCAGCAGGCAGGGAGCAACAAAGGAAGCUGUGUGAACCCAACCAGUGAAGCCCAGAACGAGAACCAGAGGCAGCCCCACUAUGUCAAGGCCUGGGAGAACCGCUCGGGUGUCUGGACAAGAAGCUACAAACAAGCAAUGGGUGCCCUGUGGAAUGGGCAGCAGUCAGGGGCUCACACCCUUUCCCCGGUGGAUGAAAAGCAGAACUCAUCAAACCAGGCUCCACCUUCUUUCUCUUCUGCCAGCAAGGUUGUUAGACCAUUGAAGAACUUCCUGCAGGCUGUGCAGCAAAACCAGCUGCUGGCAAGCCCAGGGCCCAGCGGACGUGGGGGAGUCAUAAAGAACUUCAUCAAACGCAACACUCCCUCCCGGCCCGGUCUGAAGGGGGACUUUGUUGAGAAGGAGCGGCAGAGACUGGAAAGCCUCAGGAGGAAGCAGGAGGCUGAGGAGGAGAGAAGGAAGAAAGUGGAGGAGGAAAAGAGGCGGCGGCAGGCAGAGAUGAAGCAGAGGAGAGAAGAGCGCCUGAGGAAGGCACUGCAGGCUCGGGAGCGGGUGGAACAGUUGGAAGAAGAGAAGAAGAAGAAGCGGAUGGAGCAGAAGAUUUUACAGAAUGAUGAGAAGGUACACCUCUCGCAAGGGCGGGAAGAGAAAAUACCAGAGGAGCGGAGCAAGAAAAAGCUGUCCAAGAAGCACAGGGAGGCUGAUGCCCAGAAGCAGAAAGCACCAAAGGUGGAGGAAGGUGAACUUGAGCACCAAGAGCCCCUGCAGAAAAGUAGAGAGGAUGAGGUGAAAGAAAAAGGAAAGAGAGUCUGGGAACUGAGAAGUCUGGCAGAGCAGCAGCAGCAGGCGGAGCAAGGGAAGGAGAGGGAUCACAAACAGCGAGAGAAGAAGGGCCCCCAACCCCAGCUGGAGUCAGCAGUGCCUGCUGAAAAGAACAGAAAGGAGGCAAGCCUGAAAAUGCUGCAGCAGCAGCCUGGGCAGGAGAAGAGAGCCAAGCAACCGGAAUCCAUUGCUGUAGCUUCCAAUCCCUGGCUCAAAGCAGCAAAGGAGGAAGGUGGUCUGCGUGAGCCCCUGCAGGAGCUGGGAGAGGGGAAGAAGAUGAAGCAGCCAGAAGCAUUGACUGCCUCUGGCACAUGGCUGAGCAAAACUGUACAGAAAUCCAUCUCCGCAUCCUGCUCAGGGCCCCCCAAGGGCACAGAGGAACCCAGGUCCCCAACGGUGAACGAAAAUAACUAUGGGAUGGACCUGAAAAGCGAUGACUCUACGGACGAUGAGAACGAUCCGCGAAAGCCUGUCCCCGCCUGGGCUGAUGAGAGCGUCAGCCACAAGGAAAAGGAGUCCUGGGUGGAGAGAUCCUGUGACGACUUGGUGCUCCAAUAGCAGCUUGGUGAGCCCAGGGCCUGUGGCUCUCACCAGUCGCCCUUACCAUGAACUUCCUGCACCACUGGCAAACGCUGGUGGCAAACAGCCUGAAAUGAAACCACCCUGGUCCCAUGCCGGCUGCCAGCCAACGGUGGAACCUGUGGGCAGUAGGACCAGGAGAGGACCCGCAAUGCACCCAAGCUCUCCUCCAUCUCUUCCUGUUUCUCCCUAGCAUGGGAAAAUGUACAGCCACUGGCAUCACCCGCAGCCCCACUCCAUGGCCGGGUGCCAGCGGAGGAGGCGGACACCAUAAACACUGUUUGCUUUUGAGAAGCCGGAGGCACUGCUCCUGGACAUCGCUCUCUGCAGCUCCUGAAAGGAGGUUGUGGUGAAGUGGGUGCUGGGCUCUGCUCCCAAGGUGCAAGUGAUCAGACAAGAGGAAACCGCCCCAAGUUGCACCAGCUGAGUUUUAGAUUGGAUAUCAGGAAAGAUUCCUUCCCUGACCAAGCGGUGAAGCCCUGGCAGACGCGGUCGAAUCCCCGUCCCUGUAGGGGUUCAAAAGCCAGGUAGCCACGGCACUUUUGGGACGUGGUUCAGUUGUCAUGAUGGGGUUGGGCUGAGGUUGGACUGGAUGAGCUGAGAGGGCUUUUCCACCCUCAAUGAUUCUAUGAUUCUAUCCCUGCCUGGCCAGGGGCUGUGGGAUUCAGCACCGAGGGCUGGAGGAUGGGAACUCCAGCCGUGGCUCCUGCCACUGUUCCAUGCAGCAAACGAUGCGCUGCGCUGCCUGCCGACACGCCGAGGGGCAGCUCCUCGUGUGACCGGCAA